UUCAGUUAGCCUAUCGACUUUACUAAAAGUAACCUCGGAAGCCUUUGGUUUUAUUAAAAUUACUUUUAAUAGUGUCGCAGUGUUUGUCUUGUUGCCAGGCUCGUUAAUUCGUAGUGGAUUUUUUCUUAGCGGAAGCUAAUAUAAAGUUAUUUUGACUUGAAUAAUUUUUUAUGUUUACCUUUUAUUAUAAUUAGGCUAUUAUUGUUGUUGUGUUUGACCAUGUAGGCUAAUACGCGGGAUAAUAGCUACAGUAAGUUCGUUAUCGCGAAAUAAAUCCCUCCAUAAGCAGCCAAAACGAUAGGCCUACUGUACAAAAAGUCUCUUCAAAAGAACCUUUCAAGUAGGCUACACUAAUGGAAUCUUACGAAACGAAUUGUUAUAUUGCUAACAAGAACAUUUCUUUUCAUUGUAGACUUUGAAACCCGAGGGCGCCGUUUAAAUUCAGACCUGGAAUUUCCUGAGGGCGAAUGAAGCAAUUACAGCCCGUUAUAUAUCUGCAUCUUGCCCAUUGACCCCCGACACCACACAGUCAUUAUUUCCAUAUCGUGUUGCUCUCACGCCCACUGAGAGAGGGAGCAGAGAGCUCAUCCGGCGCAUUGGGGGACGUCCAGGUCCUCAUCUGCGCUCUGUACAGCAUCAGCACCAGCCGCUGCGUGAGAAACAAACCGAGUCGCAUCCCCGCUGAGAGCAGCACCGCGUGCGCUUCAUUCAAUCUGGAGCGUCAGAUGGUGCAAGAUGCACCGCUUCUUUGUCCUCCUCUACACCCGGACUGUGCAAGUUAACGCUGGAAGGGACCAAUAGCCUAGUAGUUGAGGGACCCGUUUCAGCUGCACUGAAAGGUUCCUACAGGACGAGCGCUUGGAUUAUUGUCCUCGUAUCACCAUUCCCGUGGAUUUCCUGCUGGACAGCUAAACACGCGCACCGCGGCUUCCAGAGAAAUAAAGCGAAUCGUUUCUGUUUAAAAUGUGUUAAUUCGGUUUCUUUCUCGCGAGGGAGGAGCAAUGAGAGCGUAAACAACACUGGGUGGCUUUGUUUCUGAGACACGGACCCGUGGAAGAUCGCACUGACAUGUCUUUCAGAGCCGGAUUUGGAGCUACCGUUAUUUCUCCACUAACUUAGAGAAGUGCUGUUCGUAUCUCUUUGACUUUGCAUUAGAGCUCAAUUUCACUUUUCUAACAAACACAUGCAGUUUUCUUCAUAUCUUCUUCAUACAUGGUGGAGCGCUUGGGAUGCUUUCAUCGGAAGGGCGUAUUUGAUUCGCGUCUAUCUCCUUUGGAGUGAAGAAAGACCCCUUUAAACCCGUUGCCUCGGCGUUAUCUUGUGGAGUUACAGCGACCCACGUGGAAACACGGACUCGAAGGAGGACAAGAUGGGCUGUUGCAGUGGUAGAUGCACGCUGGCAUUUAUAUGUGGCAUGCAAUUGAUCAGCAUUCUGGAGAGACAGAUAUUUGAUUUCCUUGGAUACCAGUGGGCUCCGAUCCUCACAAACUUCAUCCAUAUCAUCACAGUGAUUCUAGGCCUCUUUGGGACAGUACAGUUCAGACCGCGAUAUGUGACCGGGUAUGCAGUCUGGUUGGUGCUGUGGGUCGCCUGGAACGUCUUCAUCAUCUGUUUCUAUUUGGAAGUGGGUGACCUUUCAAAGGACACAGACCUGAUUAUGACCUUCAACAUCUCCAUGCAUCGCUCCUGGUGGAUGGAGAACGGCCCGGGGUGCAGGGUGACCCCCGUGACCCCUCCUCCUUCCUGGGCCCCGGAGGACCACCGCUACAUCAGCAUCGCCGGCUGUCUGCUGGAGUACCAGUAUGUGGAGGUGGCCCACAGUUCCUUGCAGAUUAUCCUGGCUCUUGCUGGGUUCAUCUAUGCCUGUUAUGUUGUGAAGCUCAUUUCAGAAGAGGAGGACAGCUUUGACUUUAUAGGAGGGUUUGAUUCGUACGGUUACCAAGGGCCACAGAAGACGUCACAUUUGCAACUACAACCAAUGUACAUGUCAAAGUAAAAGGACAACUGCCUUAUCAGCCAAUCAAAGCAACGAACUGAUAAUUGGACUUGUCUUUCUACGUAAAUGUCUUAACAUGAUAGUGUCUUACGAACAGUCGGAGGAACACAGAACCGACACUUUAACCUCAAAGACUCCAAGUGGAUUUUCUUUGUCUACGCCCAGCCCUUCCUCCUCCAGAGCGCUGCCUUCAGGCACGAGAGAGCCCUCGUGUGGCCGAACCCCUCAGCAGACUCUCAUCAUUGCGGCCAUUAGCAGUGCAGAACAGAGGAGCAGAUUGAGCGGACAGAUCUGCAAUAAGAAAGACUUGGAAUCGUGCAAUGGAUCCGAGUGGAUACAGUGUCAGUGUCUCCAACUGGCUUUCACAGAAAUCAUCCAUACUUAAAGAAUGUUCAUUAAAUAGUCAGUAUGAUAUUAGUUAUCUAGUCCUACAAUCUUUCAAAUGGUGGCUGGAGUGGCGAGUCAUUAUUCCAGUUGUGUUUACAAAGGGUCAUUCCAAGCAUUGGAAUUACCGUCGGUGUUUAAUUGCAACCCAAGUAGUUUUUCUUCUUUCUCCUGGAUGUACUUGUCUUGAAAGUGCCAAGAACAGUUACGGAAAAAAAAAAACGAAACAAAACAAAACAAAUAAAGAAAUAAGUAGCUGCUAAGAGAUUCAUAUUUUUUGGAGUUAAACGAAAGUCCUGAAAAAAAAUAUAUGAUUUUAUCCGUUCGACGUCACCAUGGGAUCAACCGUAUUUGUUUGCAUGAGGUGUCAAAAUCUGUUGCGUAUUUAAUAUCUUUCAGCUAGACAUAGGCCGACCUUGGAAGGGGUAACAGUCUCUCCAAAAGGUUACUUGUGAAUAUUGUUGUUUUUUAAGACGGUGUUGAGUCUUGUUAACAAGAUAACGGAUAGAAAACCAAUUGUAACUUCUUUCUAUUUUAAGCCUUUUUUAACGUGUGCAGGUGUUCACUCUUUUGUAGUAGACUAAUAAUUUAUUAUGCCGUGUAAGUGGGCCUUUCUUUUCGAUAUUCCUGUACAUAUUGAGGGGGGUAGGGAUAGA